AUGCCCGCCACUUGCUGUGUGAUCGGUUGUAAUAAUCGACAUUCUUCCAGCAAAAAACUCAGGUUUUACCGAAUUCCAAGAGGCAAAGAUCAACGCUGUAAAUUCAUCAAAGCAAUUGCCCGCCACAGUAGUUGGGAACCAAACAACAGCACUCGAAUUUGUUCAAUUCAUUUUGAAUCUGGUUCAAUCAGUAAAAACAAGUAUGAUGUUGAUUAUGCUCCAACCCUUUACAUGGACAUUGGCAAAGAGUGUGAGAGGGGUGGGAAGAUUUCCUUGCAUGAACGUCCGGCCUCUGUGCAAACAAAUGAAACUGAAUUUCGGGACCAUAUCACGAAACUCAUUGAUGAAGCCAGUAUCAUGCUGAAACAGCGAGAAGAUAAUCAUCUCAGUCAGUCAAUUAUUUUCCAUGAUUAUGUCAUGCCAUAUCACAGUCAUCCAGUGCCUGAGUAUGUUGAACCUGAAGUUUUUACAUCUGACUCCAAUCCAACACAUGAAUUAAAUUCCAUAGCUUACAAUGUGCUCCAGACAGACAGUCAAAAUCUUCCUUCAUCUUCAAAAGAUGUCAGUGAAUUGCAGUUGGAUGUUCCUUCAUCACCAAAAACUGUCAGUGGAGGGCAUAUUUUUUUACAUUUUAAUUUUCUCUCUCUCUCUGUCGUCUUUUUUUUCUCUCUGUCGUCUUUUUUUUCUCUCUGUCGUCUUUUUUUUCUCUCUGUCGUCUUUUUUUCUCUCUCAUAUCUUUACUUUUCUCUCUCUCUCAUAUCUUUACUUUUCUCUCUCUCUCAUAUCUUUACUUUUCUCUCUCUCUCAUAUCUUUACUUUUCUCUCUCUCUCAUAUCUUUACUUUUCUCUCUCUCUCAUAUCUUUACUUUUCUCUCUCUCUCUCAUAUCUUUACUUUUCUCUCUCUCUCUCUCAUAUCUUUACUUUUCUCUCUCUCUCUCAUAUCUUUACUUUUCUCUCUCUCAUAUCUCUUUUCUCUCUCUCUCUCUCUUUCUCUCUCUCUCUCUCUCUUUACUUUUCUCUCUCUCUCUCUCAUCUUUUUUUUCUCUCUCUCUCUCAUGUCUUCAUCUUUCUCUCUCUCUUGUUUUCACUUUUCUCUCUCUCUCAUGUCUUCUUUUUCUCUCUCUCUCAUGUCUCUUUUCUCUCUCUCUCUCUUCACUUUCUCUCUCUCUUUUCUUUCUCUCUCUCUCAUGUCUUCACUUUUCUCUCUCUCUCUCAUGUCUUCACUUUUCUCUCUCUCUCUCAUGUCUUCACUUUUCUCUCUCUCUCUCAUGUCUUCACUUUUCUCUCUCUCUCUCUUCACUUUUCUUCUCUUUUCCAACUUUUCUCUCUCUCUCAUGUCUUCACUUUUCUCUCUCUCUCAUGUCUUCACUUUUCUCUCUCUCUCUCAUGUCUUCACUUUUCUCUCUCUCUCUCAUGUCUUCACUUUUCUCUCUCUCAUCAUCUCUUUUUUUCUCUCUCUUCUCCCACAAGUGUGUGGCCUUUCAAACUUUUGUCUUCUGCAUUUCAGAUGA